AUGGGUGCUGUACGAAGAGUCAAGACGAAGCGCAUGACCAGAGGCUACGACCAAGUCCAAGCUGAUCUCGCGUCGCCGAAACACCUCGCGCAAUACAAGGCCACCAAGGAUGCAGAGGAUCUGCCCGGGCUAGGAAAACACUACUGUGUCGAAUGCGCAAAAUGGUUUGAGAGCGAACACAACCUCGUGGCCCAUCGCAAGGGCAAAAACCACAAGAGAAGAAUCCGUCUCCUGCAAGAAGAGCCAUACAACCAGAAGGCCGCUGAGGCUGCGGUUGGCUUGGGUACCGACAAUGGCUCGCGGUCGCAAGAGGCUGUCGAUCGCAUGGAGGAUUAA